UGAGCACUCUUCAUUUCAUUGUCAAUCAAGUACCUGCACUUCUUUGUGAGUGAGAGAUUAACAAAGAGAGGAAUUACUAUAUUUAGAAAAUAGAAAGCGAUGGCUAUAUCUGGUCAUUGGGCAUUUGCUUUUGGGGUCCUUGGAAAUAUUGUCUCGUUUAUUGUUUUCCUCUCUCCACUGCCUACAUUUUAUAAAAUUUACAAGAAGAAAUCAACAGAAGGCUAUCAAUCAAUUCCAUAUGUGAUUGCGCUUUUUAGUUCCAUGCUUUGGAUAUACUAUGCAUUUUUGAAGACCAACACAACACUUCUCAUCACCAUAAACUCCUUUGGUGUCUUUAUUGAGACCAUCUACGUUGGUUUCUACCUUUUCUAUGCACCAAAGAAAGCCAGGGUCCACACUGUGAAGAUGCUCCUUUUAACAGUGGUUGGUGGAUUUGGUGCAAUUAUCCUCGUUACCCAAUUUCUAUUCAAAGGAGCGGCCCGUGGCCAAGUGGUUGGGUGGAUUUGUCUUGUGUUCUCCUUGUGCGUGUUUGUAGCACCAUUAUGCAUUGUGAGACAAGUAAUCAAGACGAAGAGUGUGGAAUACAUGCCAAUUCUCCUAUCCGUUUUUCUAACAUUGAGCGCUGUGAUGUGGUUCUUUUAUGGACUUCUAUUAAAAGACGUUAACAUUGCUGCUCCAAACAUAUUGGGAUUUAUCUUUGGUAUUCUCCAAAUGGUGCUCUAUGCAAUGUACCGCAAAAAAGAGAACCUCAUCGUUAGGGAGCAGAACCUUGCUGAGGUACAAAAUCCUGUCAUAAUCUUGGACGAUAACAAGAAGAUUCCAGAACUAACAGAAGAACAGAUAAUAGACAUAGUGAAGCUUGGUAGAUUGGUUUGUUCGGGCAAAGUUCAAAUGGCUUCAACUCUGCAUCAAAAUGCAGCUAAAGAAGAGAAGCUAUCCAGUUUGCAAACAAUGGAGGCCUAAGACUUUGUGAACCUUUAAGUGGCACCAUGUGUUUUAUUAAUUUUAAUUAAGCCACACAAAAUGAAAGGCUAUUCUGAUUUCUGAUUCACCUCUAGUGUUUCCCAUCAUAAGAUGGAAUUUGAUGGGAAUUAAGUCUCUGUUGUGUUGUAAUUAAGUUUCAAUUGUGUUUCAUUUCUCCAUUAAAUCAAGCUCCCUUAAUCAUGGGACAAUUUGUUCAA